AUGAGCUCCUGGUCCGAACUCGCUUUGCCCGAACUCACCGUGCCCGAACUCGCCCCAUCCGAAUUUGCCUCUCCCGAACUCGCCUCGCCCGAACUCACCUGGUCCGAGCUCCCCUUUCCCAAACUUCCCUCGUAUGAAUUUGCCUAUCCUGAAUUCAACCCGAUGAGUUCCUCCCUGCCCGAACCUGCCUUGCCCAAAUUCGCCUCGCCCAUUCAGGAAGAUGUUCAUCCUCGUAGGACGUACGAAUGGUACCUUGAACAUUGGGAGGCUGCAAUCUGGAAAUGCAUACCGGUACGCCACCUAGAUCUUAUUCCCCGAUCCGAGUAUUGA